AGUUUUAGUCAUUGUUGUUGAAGAUGGCGACAACUGUGGUGCCGAGAGAUGUUAAUACAUAUUUAAGCCAAAAUCAAAAUGUUGCUGAUAAACAGUUGGCCACGGAAUGGGCACAACUUGAAGAACUAUAUAACAAAAGGCUUUGGCAUCAGUUGACACUCAAAUUAGAAACAUUUGUGAAACAUCCAGCUCUUCAGAAGGGAGAUAAUUUGAUACAAUUAUAUGGUAACUUUUUAUCCACCUUUGAAAGCAAGAUAAACCCUUUGUCUCUAGUAGAAAUAUUGGCACAUGUAGUACAGCAGUUUCAAGACAAACAAGAAGCAAUUAAAUUUUUAGAAAAAAGUGAGACCAAAGUGAAAAGCAAUAAUGAAGCUGCUGCUUUAUGCAAGGUCCUUAUUGGACAAAUUUUACUUGAAAAGUUAAACAAUCAAGAACAAGCAAAAAAGAUCAUAGAAGAUGUUGGUACUAUGUUAGACAAUGCAGAUGGUGUCACUACAGUUCAUGGUAGAUAUUAUUUGUUAGCCAGUCGUUUGUAUCGUCUUCAAGGAAAACAUGCUGAAUAUUACCGUACUGCUUUGAGAUAUUUGGGUUGCAUUGAUCUAAAUAGUUUAAGUAGACAAGAACAAGAGCAGCAUGCAUUUUUCCUUGGAUUAGCUGCUCUUUUAGGUGAAGGAGUAUAUAAUCUUGGAGAAUUAUUAGCUCAUCCAGUAUUGCAAUCCUUGAAAGGUACACCAAACUCUUGGUUAGUUGAUUUAUUACAAGCUUUCAAUGCUGGUGAUAUUGUUGCAUUAGAAAAAUUAAAACCUCAAUGGAGCAAAGUUGCUGAUUUAGCUGCACAAGAAUUAAAACUAAGACAAAAGAUUUCUCUUUUGUGUCUUAUGGAAAUGACUUUUAAACGACAGGCUAACAAUAGACAAUUAACAUUCGCGGAAAUUUCUCAAGAAACUCGCUUGCCCCUUGGUGAAGUAGAAUUAUUAGUAAUGAAGGCUUUAGCCCAAGGGUUGGUUCGUGGUGCUAUUGAUCAAGUAGCGGGAACAGUAAAUAUGACAUGGGUACAACCGCGUGUAUUAGAUCGCACUCAAAUAGCCGGAAUGGUUCAACGACUCGAUGGAUGGUGUAAAGAUGUUAGUUCAAUGGAGCGUUUACUCGAAUCUCGAGCAUCUGAGAUCCUUACUCUUUAAUAUUAGAUUUUAUAAUUUUUCAUUGAUUCGUUUGUAAGUUGUAUUUCUAUAUUUUUAUUAACUCAUUGCCUUACCAUCAUUUAAAAGAUAAAUAAUGUACUUUAUUACAACUAAUAUAAAUACAUAAAAAUAAAAUUAGUGUCACCAUGAUAAGUCAAUGGGUUAAUACAUAACAGAAAGUAUAUAAUGCAUUUUCUUAAACACAAAAUUAUAAUACUAUUUACAAGCGAGUGUGAAAAAGAAUCAUAAGUUUCUUUGAAAUUUAAUAUUGAAACAGAAGCAAUUUAACACAAUUUUAAUAUUUCCAUACAAUAAUUUGAAUUUUUUGUGUUCAAAAACUUUGUACUUUAAUCGAAAUAUUAAUAAUAAUAAGAAGAAUAUGUAUUAAUA